CGCGGACGACCAGCAGGCGGGAAAAUGCGUUUAUUAGCGAUAACGACGUGCCUCUGCUUCGGAGCGGCUCUCGGCCAGUUCCAUCAUCCUUCGACGACUCCCGUGCCCAUUCUCAAGCAGAUAAAUAGGCACAACGAGGACGGCAGCUACAGCUACGGCUUCGAGGCGGCCGACGGCAGCUACAAGAUCGAGUCCAAGUACCCGAGCGGCGAGGUCUACGGCAAGUACGGUUUCAUCGACGACACGGGCAGUCUGCGCGAGAUCGAGUACGGCGCGACCAAGCAGGGCUUCCAGCCGCAGGGCACGGGCAUCAACGUGCCGCCACCGCCCGUGGUGGCGGACAACCACCUCGACAAGGACGAUCCCGAGGACGACGGCCAGUACCGAGAGGACCCCAACGUCUAUCACACCGAUCCGCGCUACACCAACGGCGAGCGUUACGACCCCGUGCCCAAUCACAAGUACCCGACCAUACAGAAUCACCAGCUGCACAGACACCAGCCCGGCCCGUCCCCGGCUCCUCACGUCUACAGCCCGAUUCCAAGCAAAAUCGCCCACGCUUACCGCCAGCCGAUUCCAGUAGCACCGGUUCCAGCCCCGGCGCCGGCGCCCCAUCACUACUCGCAGCCCGAGUACCAGCCCCAGUACAAGACUCACUAUCAGCAUCAGUAUCCGUCGCCAGCGACCUACUAUCAGCCUCAGUAUGCUCCGGUACCCCACAGCUACAAUCAUCAUCCGUCCAGUCUCGGCUCUUACAGACAAACUAAAAAUUUCAAAGAUAACCAAUCGAAAUGGAAAGCUUUGUUACCGAAACAUGCUCAUAAUGUCUUGGAUUGGGCAACUGUUGUCGAUGGCAACAAACUUUUCACAUGUCACAUUGAGGACGUCAAGAAUGUAUUAAGUAUUCAUAGCUUAGAAAAUGGAACGUUACUUAAAAAGUUACUUUUAGGUGUAAGAACAAUAUCUGUGUUUUCCGAGUGUAAAUGA